GCGCCAUUAGUGAGCCCGUACAGGGAAGCCAGAAAGUCAGUCACAUAGCUGAGGGAUAUCAUCAUCACAGAACUAGGGUUUUUCCGCCUUGCUCAUAUCUGCUGUCUCUCUGUCACACACACACACACACAGAGGUGAGGGAUACGAGACGGCGCCAUGGCCCGGAUCAAGGUUCAUGAGCUGAGGCAGAAAAACAAAGCCGAGCUUUUGGCUCAGUUGAAGGAUCUAAAAGCCGAAUUGGCUCUCCUCCGAGUCGCUAAAGUCACCGGCGGCGCCGCCAACAAGCUUUCCAAGAUAAAGGUAGUUAGGUUGUCAAUAGCGCAGGUGCUGACGGUGAUUUCUCAGAAGCAGAAGGCAGCAUUGAGGGAGGUUUACAAGAACAAGAAGUAUUUGCCUCUUGACCUCCGCCCUAAGAAGACCAGAGCUAUCCGCCGUCGCCUCACCAAACACCAGGCUUCUUUGAAGACAGAAAGACAGAAGAAGAAAGAGACGUACUUUCCCCUGAGGAAAUAUGCAAUUAAGGUUUAGAUCGACCAUGUUUGGAUUUGAUUUUGGUGUUUGAACCUGUCUGAACACGAAGAAAAUCAUAUUUUGCUUCAUUUCUGUUGCUAGCCUAAGGAAUAUAUGGAUCGCUGUGAACAAAGCUUUAAGCAUGUUGGUAGCCCAUUGUUUAUUUAGUCACACAUUUUCUCAUAGUUUUCUUAGUCACAUUUUCUCAUAGUUUUCUUGGGGCACGGCUGAAGAGCCAUGUUUAUGUGGUGGUGUGGUGAUGGUAAGGAGCCGUUUUGGUGAUUAUGCGGAAGAUUGAAAUUUCUCUAAA